GGAACGCUGUUGUCAUAGCAACAGCUUUGCAAACAAAAACGAUUUUAGUCUAAUGUCAUUUCUUAUUAUUUUAAAACAAAUUAUUUUGUGAAAAUAUAUUUGGAGAUGUCUUACCGCGAUUUAAGAAAUUUUAGCGAAGCGAUGCGCGUGCUGGGCUUUCCGAAACCGAUAUCGCUGGAGAGCUUCCGGACCCCGAACUGGGACCUGAUGGAGGAGUGCCUGCGCUGGCUGGCGGCCCGCGUCGAGCCUGACGCAGAGCUCGGCGGCGGGAAGGGCUCUGUGGAGCAGCGGGUCGCGCUCGUCACGCAUGCUAUAGCACUGUUUCACUCUCGCGCCAACAUAAAGUUGAACGGCAAGCGCGUGUACGGCGCGGACGGCUGGGCGGUGCGCGAGAUGAUGAAGGUGGCCACGCUGCUGCGGUCCGCGCUCCAGACGCCCAGCGCGGACGAGCACCAGCAGGAGACCACGCCCAUGAGCUAUGACUUCAGCAGUCGGCUUGGUGAGAUCAAGCAAGCUCGCGCUCUUGCAACAGAUAUAACGGCACAAGGUGCCUUUCUUCACGAUCUGUUGGCCAAGGAACCUGAGAAUAAGGAGCAACGUGAGCAAGCCCUGUCCCGUCCACUGGACAUGUCGGCGAUGGAGGCGAGUCUGCGGCGCGCGCUGGACGCGGUGGCGGGCAAGGUGGCCUCCGGCCGCGAGCAGAUCGACAACGUGGCCGCCAGCGAGGCCGCGCUCGACGCCAAGCUCGAGAGGAAGAGGGCUGAGCUCAUGCGGGCUGAGAAGCGACUGCACACCGUGCAGAAGAUCAAGCCUGCAUACCAGGGUGAGCUGACGUCACUGGAGAGUGAGAUCGAGCAGCUUUGGGACCAGUACGUGCUGCGGUAUCGCUGCGUGGAGGCACUCAAGCAUCAGCUUAGCGUGCUCGAGAGCGCGCAGGCUGAGGCAGCUGAGGAACAGCAGGCGGCUAUCAUGCAGCUGAUACACAAAUAUGAAGCUGAAGAUGUUCUUGGGAAACUGAGUGAUUCUGAUGACAUGGACUCUAGUGAUGAUGGCAAGGACUUGAGUGAGGUGAAACAGCCGCGCCCUGCCACCAGGCCCAAGACACGGCUGAGGAUCAAAACUGCAGGCAACGCAGCUGCAGAGGCUCGGCGUGCGUUCGGCAGCAUGGCGGCGCGCGACUCACUCGACGAGAUACGGGAUGAGGAUGACUCCAGAUCAGACUCCGAUCUGUCAGACAGGCAGAUAUAUGGUGGCGGUGAGGUCCCCUCCCGCUGGUCGCGCGCGCGGCCCCGACCCGCCACGCGCACGCUGGCCGCCGCUGAUGACGACGACUUCGCCGAUCUGAUCGAAGGUGGGCCCGGCCUCAUAGGUACCUACCUCACCACACUACUAUGCAUGCUGCAUGAUAGCGUCUACAUUGCUCUGCUUAGUUGA